AUGCCAUCCAUCGGCGAUUCCCCCAUGAAGCAGUACUACCUGUGUGCAUGCACAAUGGUCCUUGACAGCGCGAAGUUCAUGGGGGAGUGGCUGCUGUACCACGCAUUUCUUGGUGUGGAGCAUUUCUUUGUGUAUGACAACGGCAGUGAAGACGGGCUUUGGAAGUCCAUCAAAGAAGCUCAGGGGACCGGCCGUGCUCGAGGCUUUCAAGUUUCAGCCACUAUACGUAGCUGGCCCUGGCUCAAGUCACAGGAAGGCGGUUUCUCUCAUUGUGCCCUGCAAGCCAAGAAGCUCUGCACGUGGGCCAUGUUCUUUGACGUGGACGAGUUUGUCUUCCCGGCACGGAUGGUGAAGGAGAUUGAGUCACGGAGCCUGUUCGCUGCUGGAAGUCAGUAUUCCGUUCUUCUCAACAAGUUUGUGAGAGGUAUGGUUAAGGGGCAUGCUGCAGCAAAGAAGGCCGCAGGUAGAAACGAGUCGUGUCAACAGCUUGGGCAGAUUGCGCUACCCGGCCUUUUGUUUGGCCCAUCAGGUCGGCGCACUGGCAAGGCAGCAGCAGUGCAGCAGGCGAGGGACGGAAAGGCAGGGAGAGGGGGGAAGGCGGAGGAGAAGAUUGAGAAGGACCAAGUCACAAGGAAGCAGCAGCUGCUGGAGCAAGCCGUUCAGGAGGUAUGA